AUGGAUCGUACAAGUACAGGAAAUUCAUUAGGAAGAAAUUUAAUGUCUCCGCGGAAACGAAUGUCAAUUGUUCAGUCUUUAAGGAAAAAUAAUUCAACAAUAAGCUUAUCUGGACGAUCAAAUCAGUCCGUACAAAUAAUAUGUAAAACACUGAAUCAUGUGGUAGAAAGUUUCGGUUUUUCUUUACCUGUACUUGUUACAGAAGCUUUAACAUUUGUAGAUAAAAAUACUGCUGUUAGUGUUAAUAUUUCAAUAGAUGGUUGGGCUUGGCUUGUUUGUGGUCGCAGACUACUUGUUUGGCAAUGUAAAACUACUAUCCAUGAUUCAAAACAAAGAAGAGCCUUUAAAAGCCAAUGUCGCGAAUUAUUGUUACCUCAAAGUGAUUUAGCUCAUAAAGCAGAAUGCAUAGCUGUAUGGUUACCUUCUGGCUAUCAGGUGCCUAGUUGUAUGGCUGUUUCUCCUGAAGGUAUUGUACGUUUCUGGGCUAGUGUUGCACAUGAAGGAUCUUCUGUAGAAACAAGUGCAGAACUUGCUGGACAGGAAGUUAAUUGUCUUACAUAUAUUCCUGGUCAUGGUUGUAUUUUAGCUACAACUACAUGUACAGUAGCAUUGUUACAACCACAGUUUGUUGCUGGAAAAAACAGUGUUACUUGUCAGGUUCUUAGAACAAGUCAAGGAUGGUUAGGGGGUAUAGGGCGCAAGAUGACUUCUCUUAUCUUUGGUGCUAUACCUCAAUCCCCAGUUAUAGAAACAAAGUUAGUAAAAGUCACUUGCACAACCUUAGAAGACAGGGGAUCAAGGGUUCUCAUUUUAGCUGGUUCAUCUUUGCAAUAUUGGUCUUUUCUUCAUAAUGAACAAGAGAAAAUGGAGUUUGAUGAAGAUAUUGGAUAUAUUAUUUCACAAACUUUCCAGCGAAAAAUUUGGGGAUCAAGUGCAUGUAAUCCACAAAAUAUAGAAACUUGGUUGAUUGAUAUGCAAUCAUGUAAUGAAGGAAUAGUGUUUUUAAUGGCAGCUCAUUGUGUUGAUGUAUCACCUCUUAUUGAAUUUGCACUUGGUUUGAUACAGCUAUCUGGUACAACAUUAAUAAAUACAUUUAAAUGGUUUAUACCAGUUAAAAUUGAUUCUAUUUCAUAUCAUAAUGAUAUUGAAUCAACUUUAAUUUCUUACCAUUUUAUAUUAUGCAGUUGGGAAGCAAUCAUAUACAAUCAGUAUGAAGUUCUUGUAGUGAAUUGUACAUCUGAGCAUGAACAAGAUAAAAUAGAUUUAGUACGAGGUGGAGAAGACAGUAUCCUUGGCGGUGCAUUGUGCACAGGAACUCCAGUUUUGUUCACUAAAAAUUUUGGAUUAAUUUCUAUUAUUCCAACAGAUUUUAUAUCGCAAGAUUUUAAUGUGAGUUACACAGAUAAUGUCAAUACAAAUACAGACUAUAAUUGUCGAUCUAGCUCAGUUGCACAAAAUUUUACUAGUCUUAUUAGUAAUGAAGAAGUUCAAGAUAUGUUCUAUAGUUCUGAUAAUGCUACACAAUUACGUGCUGCAUUUCUUCUUAGUUUACGACAAAAUAAAGUGCAGUGUGAUGAAAUUUUAUCACAACUCUUUCCACUACAAGAAGAAACAGUAAUGGAUAUAGAUGCUAAUUUCGAUAUACUAAUUUUGAAAGUUGCUAAAGAUUUAAUAGAUGAUUAUCCAGCAAAUGAUCCACGUUGGUCAAAUCACAGAGACUUAUCUAUGACAAUAAAUGCAGUUACUUCUAUGCAAAUACCAAAUCAACUGGAAGGAAAACAAAAAGCCCUUGAUUUAUUUAUUACAUUUCUAAAAGAAUAUGAAUUAUGGAACAGAUUCUGUGCUGUUACACACAGAGGAAUAAUUAUGUCUACACCACACAUUCUAGGAGAAUAUGCAGAAAAAAUAAUUGCAGCACUAACUAUAUAUAAUCUUCAAAAUAAAUACCCAGAUAUCAUGGAUAUGAUAAUAGAACAAACUUUAAGCCCUGAAUUAUAUGUUUCUAAUGAAUUAACGGCGCGUGAUAUAUUUUAUCGAGAAGUCAGUACCGUACAUCGUUUUCUUCCCACUUUAGUGAACAAUGCAUCGGAAGUAACUCAAUCUGAAAGACCUGUUCAACAAGUAGCGUGUUAUAUUAUGCAAGUGAACGCUAUAUUAUUAGGUAUACUACACGAAGUGGUGAAAUAUCGCCAACAUAAUGCUGAUCGAUUUGCUCCUGUGAGAUGUUCGAACAGUAUAAGCGAGUAUCUUCCAUGGACAGCGGCAGUUGGGAAACAAGGACUGAGAAAUUCUCUUACUACAAUGUAUAAUUUAACUCUUAAACAUGGUAUAACUGGAACCAAUGAUUCGACAGUAAGAAACGAAUUAUAUGAACAAUUAGUAAGUUACAUAGAUCUAAUAUUAGAUGGCAGAAAAUGUCAUUUAGAAAGUGUUAGGGGUACAGAAAAGUUUGAAAUACUUUUGAAGCAGUAUGAGACGGAUCGAAUGAAUCUAAUACAACCACUAAUAAAGGAAGAACAGUACGAUAGUGCUGCUAUGUUAGCUGAAAAAUAUUGUGAUUUUGCAUCCCUCAUUCAGAUUUGUGAAUUAACUAAUAAUAAAAGUCGAUUGGAUAGAUAUAUAAAAAAAUUUGCAGCUCAAGAUUUUGUAGGAUUUCUAUUUUCAUGGUAUGUGAAAGAUGGUCGACAAGGUCAGUUAGUAGAAAAAUGUAGACACGGUGGUACUAUUGAAUUAUCUGAAAAGUUAGCAGAGCAUCCAACUCUAUCAUGGGUGCAAUCUGCUCUUACAGACGAUUUACGCUUUGCUGCUAAUACACUUCACUCUUUAGCAAUUCAAGAAAAAGAAUUAGUAACACGCAAAAAGUCUAUGCUUUCUUUAGCAAAAUUGGCUCUUCUUACUUCAGAUGAUCUAGAAGAGGAAGUGAAAGACUGUGUAAAAAGAAUCAACAAUGAACUAGCAUUGAUAGCUCAUCAAGAAGACUUACCAACUCAAGUACUUACAACGUAUGGUUAUGAUGUAGAAAAAUUAAGAGUAUUUACACCAACAGAGUUAAUUACGUUAUACACAUCUGAGGAUAAUGUUGAUGUAAAUGAGUAUGACUUUAAGAAAGCUCUCGAUUUGCUCCAAUACGUGGAGCAAGAAGAUGAAAAAGUAUCAUUGAAAUUAAAAAUUUGGGCACGAGCUGCUAAGCGGGAUCAAUGGGAUAUUAUAGGAAAAAAUCCUGAACAACAAGUACAAGAAACGAUAUUUUUCAAGUUAAUGGAUCUCGCACAUUUUAUGGGUGGAGAAAUAAAUGAAUUCCUUCCACCAGUUGAUAUGCUUUUCGUAGAACCUGAAUUGGGAAAUCUUGCCGCAUCGAGUAAUUUUCAAUUUCUAAUUAAAUUCGUAUAUGAGUAUGCAUAUAGCAAUUAUUAA